AUGAAUGAAAUUGAAAUUGCUGGUAUAUUACAUGUACAAUACCGGGGACUGCAGUCUUACAUUGUAUCAUUCUAUAUCAAAAUGGCCACAGUGGUCCAAAAUCCUCUGAAAUCGCAAUCAAGUGGAGGCGUCAUAAAGAACAGCCUCGGUGAGGAGUUUUACCGCGAUGCCAUCGAGCACUGCCGCAGUUAUAAUGCUCGACUAUGCGCCGAGCGCUCCAUGCGUCUGCCCUUCCUCGACUCACAGACAGGCGUAGCACAGAGUAACUGCUACAUAUGGAUGGAGAAGACCCAUCGGGGGCCAGGCGUGGCUCCCGGGCAGUUGUAUACCUACCCUGCACGAUGCUGGAGAAAGAAAAGACGGUUAAACAUCUUAGAUGAUCCGCGUCUUGGACCUAUUGAGUUUAAAAUUGAUUAUGAGGCAGCGCUUAAGAAGGAAGGCGGUGUUCCUGAAGGUCCGGUGCUAGAGUCUCUUCUCAGUGGAGAACUGCUGGAUAAGAAGGUCGAGACAAAGGAAGAGGAACCUAUGAGUGAAUGCCAGAAGCUGCUGGUGGGAGACUUUCCUCAUGAACUGGAUGUGGAAGAGUUAGAAGAAGAUGUCCCUAAACGCAAGAACCGCACCAAAGGACGGGCAUGUGGUGUUGGGGGAAUGAGGAAAAGACAGGACCCAGCAUCUCUAGAGGACAGAGACAAGCCAUAUGUGUGUGACAUUUGUGGGAAGCGCUACAAGAACCGUCCAGGUUUGAGUUACCACUACACUCACACACACCUGGCAGACGAAGAAGGUGAGGAAGACUCCGAACGGCACACGCUGCCCUUCCAGCGCAAGAACAACCACAAACCCAAAAAAGCAGCUGACGGCUCCGUCAUUCCCAACGGCUACUGCGACUUCUGUCUAGGAGGAUCUAAGAAAACAGGCUGUCCCGAAGAUCUCAUAUCCUGUGCCGACUGCGGCCGAUCGGGUCAUCCGUCGUGCCUGCAAUUCACCAUCAACAUGACGGCCGCGGUGAGGACGUACCGCUGGCAAUGCAUUGAAUGCAAAUCAUGCAGCCUGUGCGGCACGUCAGAGAACGACGAUCAGCUUUUAUUCUGUGAUGAUUGUGACAGAGGGUACCACAUGUAUUGUCUAAGUCCCCCAAUGGCGGAACCUCCGGAGGGGAGCUGGAGUUGCCACCUAUGUUUGCGCCAGCUAAAAGAAAAAGCAUCCGCCUACAUCACGCUAACUUAAUCAACAUGCCCUUCUUCACCCUACCAGUCUCAUCCGCCUCUAUCACAUCAUCACAGAUCCAAAGAGACCCCCCAAUCAUCAAAGAGAGAAAACAUUGUUUAAUUUGCCAUGCAUGGUGACUGCAAGAAAGACAACCUGGAGCCACCGACAUUUUUGUAGGUUUAAUGUGAGUUGGGACUAAAGCAGACAUUUCAGUUCCUGCAAAGAGCUCCGUCUUUUAUGGACCAGAGGGGUCUUCUUCUUGCCGAACUCUGCUUUAUGGUGGCUGGGCAAGUAGUGCCAAAUGGUUUGUGGUUGAGGAGACACUUUUUGCACGAAUGGGGAUUUCAGUAGGAGGAUUCUCAUAAGAUGACGCACCAACUGCAGAUGAGACUAAAGCCACAUGAUCUCACCAAAGCUUGUGAUUGGUCCUGCUCUGAUGAGAGAAAGUGGUGUCGACGUGCCAUUGAUUCUUUGCGGUAUUCUUUGAUAAGCAGACACCAGCACGUAAUGAGAUCGUGGUAAAGCGUUAAAAUUUGGCCUUAUUAGACUUGAAUGAAUUAUUAGAGAUGAAUGAAGUUAUUGAUAAUGAAAAUAAUUCAUAUCCCUUCAAGGUAUAACAUUCGAUUAACAAGAAAUAUAUCACAGAAAUAGUCUGUGUUUAAUAACUUUUGACCAAAAAGGUCUGAAUGCUGCAAACAUGUUAAUGCAUAGAUAACCCUUUAUUAAAAAUGUGAGACGUGCAUGUCUAUCAACCAGAGAAGUUGCUCUGUAAAAAUGAAAAGUAAAAAAAAUUCUGAUGAUUUCUUCGGUACUUCCAACACGUUCCCCACAACCUCUUCCUAUUUUGAAAAAGCCAACGUAAAUAUUCCCUCUCAGCCAGGGUGCGUUUGUAAGAGUGUAUAUUUAUCGGGCAACGUCUGUCCUUGUUUUAAAAACAGGGCGUUAAACGUUCAAUUGCUCACUUUUUUAUGAUGACUUGCUUGCAUGUUGUAAUAGUAUCGUUUUUAAAUAAUUUAAGGACAAAAAAAAUGAAGAAAGCACACUUAAUCUGCAAUAAUGUUUUUGUGUUUUGUGACCCUCUCCGGGUAAGUUGCGUCUGUAUGUAUGUGCGCUUUAAAAACUUGAGAAUGCUAGUGGGCGGAGACUACAGUGCUAAAGUGGGAGGAGCUUGCGGAAUUCUGCUGUUUUUUGAUGCUGUUUUUGAUGAUCCCUGGACAAACUGAAAACCAGCUUGGAGAUACUUUUUCCCGGUCUCUUUGGAGGGGCAUUUUUUCCUUUUAUGUGACGAGAAAAUUGUGCACUUUUUUUGUAGAAUGAGCUCUUUAUUAUCUGUACGUCUGUUUUGUGUUUUGCUACUGUGGCCUGCUUAAAAGAAGUUAAAAUGUCAAACAAAUUUCCGAGGAGUGUUCGGGAACGGUAGGAUGUGUGAGAUUGCGCUGAGGUGACCGUCUUCAUCCCAAAGUCCCCUCUUAUCCGUGGCCUAACUGAAAAGACUGCCUGCCAUUUUCUCUAUUCGGAGUCCUUGAGCUUUAAGUUGCGAGACAUUUUGCUGUAAAUAGAUAAGUGCUCUGUCUUUCCUGAAUCGGUCCCUGUUAUAAACUCAAGUGAAAUGUUUCAUGUGCUGUAAUGCAUCAAAAUGUGAAAACAGCCUUUUCUACACACAAAGUUAGUGGAAUAUUAAUCCAUGUUAUUUCUAUUUUUGUAUCAUUUUCAAAUGUAUGGUUUUAAUGAGCGCUAUGCCAUUGUUAAGUGUUACCUAGGUGAUAGGUUCAAAUACUUUUUAAAGCAGUUUUGUCUUUAGUAGAAAUAGUCUUGAUUUCACAUUUUGAAAACUCAACUUCUCUGUUAAACCGACUAUGACACCCUCAUUGUUCUUGUUGUAGUUCUGACUAUUUGCACAGUCUGUGGGAUUGUUUGUUUGGAUGAGGGUGCUACUGGAGCAUUUUGAUAUUAAAAUGAAAGCAAUUAAAUCGCCAUGAGUCGACAUUGUAGACCAAUGUUCAUAUCCACACAUACAGUACAUGAAAUGUGAUGUUUCAGCUCUUUUCAUUUAAACCUCGAACAGAGAAAAUCUUAAAGGUGAAGUGUGUCAUUUUUUCAUGUACAAAAAUCUUUCUCCUAUCCCCAUUUAAUGAACAACUGUAAGCCAUUUGAAGAUUGACUUCCAGAAGCCAAAACACUGUUUUUGUGUUGCUUUCAAAACAUUGCUUUGUUUGUUCAAGGGGCUCGACAUAGCAACAAUGCAGCUCAACCAAUGGCAAGUGUUUGUGGUGGGACUAACUGCCUGUCAGUGGCCAAUGAAAGAGGGGGUGGAAAUUGUUAGUGGAAAAUAUAUUUACUGUUCAAUUCAGUGCCACUCGUGACAGAAAUUACACACUUCACAUUCUCUUAAAGGGAUAGUUCAUCCAAAAAAUUAAAAUUACCCCAUGAUUUACUCACCCUCAAGCCAUCCUUGAUGUGCAUGAUUAUUUUUUUGAGCCAGUUAUACUAGAACAGUGCUUUCCAAUUCUGGUCCUCAAGCACCCCCUCCCAUAAAAAGGUUUAGAUGUGUCCUUAUUUAACACACCUGAUUUAACUCAUUAGCUUGUUAGGGAGACCAUUUUGGAAGGAGGCUGAUAAGUUUUGAAGGGGGUGCUCGAGGACCAGGAUUGGGAAGCACUGUACUAGAAAAUGUCCUUGCUGUUCCAAGCUUUAUAAUGGUAGUAAAUGGUGCUUCUGAUUUGAAGCCCAAAAAAGUCCUUAUGUAAUGCAUAUAGCUCCAGGGGAUAAAUAAAUACCUUCUGAGGGCCAUUGAUGCAAUGAAAAUACCAAUAUUUAAAAACUUUACAAACUAAAAUAACUAGCUUGCGGUAUGACUACUUGAGGGAGUGCGUUUCCAGCGUAUGAUGUUGGACAUAGCGUACAAGACCUAGUGACGAAUGUAGAAGAGCAGAUAGCGAAAUAAAAUGCCAGUCCUUACUGCCGUUUUGUUUUGCUCCUUGCACUUCCGCGUUCAUCGCUACGCAACUACGUCUCAUAUGCUACGUUCUUCGUCAUCCACUUGAGAUGCACUUUCUAGUUAACACACGUUGGAGCCCCUAGAGCAGUGUGCAUGACAAAUGUGGAAAAAUCCCUGUUUCAGAUGAUUUGCUUCCGCGUUAAUCAUUAAGUCUCAUACGUUAAGUACUAUGUAAAACACUAGAAAUCGUAAACGUACAUUGGUUGUUACUGAAACCUUGUUAGAGGCUGUUUACACUUGGCAUUAACAUACCUUUUCGUCGAUCGUUUUGGACGCGUCCACUUUCGACCACUUUUUUAACCACAUUCAGAGGUAGUCGAAACCACUUUCGAUCGGAUUGGUUUUGUAGUGUAAACGCACAUGUGGUUAAAUGUGUUCGAACAGCCACACGCGACCGCCUUCUCUCCGCCCAUUUAUCUAAUCUGAUGUACUAAGCACAAGUUUUACGUCUUUUCUGACUUCUGGCGUGAACACAGGGUGAACAGCGCUAUUUUUAGCCUUUCAUUGAUAAAACUAAAGCGGCUGAUCUCCGUAGUUUCGUUUUGAAAGCGUGUAAAAGUUGCACGAUCCUAUUUCAUCAAUUGCGCUGAAAAUUCAGAAAAAGCUCUUACAUACACAUGUACAAAACUCUGUGCAGCAUAUUUACUUGCUAAACAAGCAGUGGACUCCGACAUAAUAUUAGUUUGCGUCCAUAUAAACUAAUAAUUACUCCCGCUCGCGUUUGAAUGACAGCAGAGAGACUCGCCCACCGUCUCACAGACCACCCCCUCACAGUAUUCAGGACAGAUGCGGUCGAAAGUGGACAAAAGAGACGGAUUUAAAUACCAGGUGUAAACAUGAUGUGUCUCUCUCGCCCACUUGUGAUCCGAUCGAUGAAAACACAUCUUGAUACCAAGUGUAAACAGCCCCUUAGUUUAGUUUAUAAAGCUUCAAAUAUUGAUUAUUUGUCUCACAAAAUUAUACCGAUUGCCCUCAGAAGACCUUUAUUAAGCCAUUGGAGCCAUGUGGAUUACUUCUGUGAAGGAUAGAUUCACUUUUUUGCCCUUCAAAUCUGAAGCACCAUUUACUACCAUUAUAAAGCUUGGAACAGCCAGAACAUUAUCUAAUGUAACUCUGAUUGCGUUCGUCUGAUUAAAGUUUAUCAUAUACAUCGAGGAAGGCUUGAGGGUGAGUAAAUCAUUGGGUAGCCUAAUUUUGAUUUUCAUCAACUAUCCCUUAAAAAUGCAAAACUAUUUGAUUUCUCUGCCUUGGUGAGAUUUUGGGUUAGAAAUGAAAUUUUAUGUCAUGUGGAAUUUUUAAGAACAUCAAAUGAUUGUCAUGCUGGAAAAUAUUUCCGAUCGGUUUGUAUGAAAAUAAGUGUUAAGCCUUUAUCGAUGAGGGGUGGAGUCAAUGAUGUGAUUUUAUUAUCAGUAGCCUAAUGUGAGAGUACGAAGGGCAAGCAUGGGUACACAAACUUGUGCGUUUUCAACACUUUAAUAGUGAGCCAUUUCAAUGAAGACCACUUUAGAUUUUUCUGACCAGAUACUCCUCAAUUAGUCUUUAAUCUGUCUCGCCGAGUUUGCAGGGGAUUCUCUACCUGUAUAUUGUUGUGCUGUGAUUUUUGCUUGCAGUUUUUCUUGACCAUUCCCCGACAAAUACACAAAAAACAAUGUUCGUGUGUGAGAGACUGCGUGCGUGUUUUCCGUUCUUGUAACUGUCCAGUGAAAAAUAAAAGAGAUGUGUGGAGAAAACAAGUGUGUUUUGACUCAGGACUGAGUUGUAUAUUUGUUUUCUUUGAACUUGAAAUGGGUGCUCCUACUGUACAUGGAUCUGAGUGGCCGUGAUUGCUGCUGCUCACGAUCCGUUUUAAAGAAUGUCCUUUGUUUUAUUUCUGUCCAUUUUGACAAGCAGGAAAUA